AUGUCCGCCACCGCUGUUUUCGAGCGCCGGAACAAGCAGAUCCAAGAUGCCAUCGACGGACAGAAUCUCAAACAGGCCUUGCAGCUCUGUGAAAAGCGACUAAAGAAGGGCGAGGAUUCGCAUUUCCUGAGGGCGUGGAAAGCGUAUAUUCUUUUCAGCCAUGUAGACGACGUUCAUCGGCGGCGGGGCAUUUCGGAGACCCUCGAGCUCUGCCGCACGGAACCCCCUGUUUCCGAUAUAGAAGCGCUGAAUAUUCUGUAUACCACUCUUAAGGGCCUUGAUGAGCAUGUGGAAACGACGCGCGCGAUAUGGGAGAGGGCAGCAAAGGCGAAGCCACAAGCGCUAGAUAUUCAAUUGAGAUGGUUUAAUCUAGCGUUGGAGAAGGGCGACUGGAAAACUGCACAAAAGAAAGAGCUAUUAAGCCCAUCAAGAGCAAUUCAAACCUCUGAAGAAUUCUCCCUAUUGAUCAAGAUUUUUGAAACACAAGGGCAGCACGAAGAAAUUGUUUCUUUCCUUAACAGCAAGCACUUAGGCAUAGAGUCCCGCAUUUGCCAGAAUGAUUGGUCAUUUGUUCGUGCGAAAAUUGCAGGUCUCGAGAAUGCAACAUUGUGGGAUGAAGCGCUGUCAUAUACACGGGAGCUGCUUGCCCUUCCGGCUGACCUUGCAAAUGGUUCAAGAACAGCAGCAGCCCAAGAGAAAGAUGAUUGGCAAGUUUGGGGCCUCCUUCUCAUGGCCACUAAGAAAUUGGAUAACAAAGAGAUAUUACGGGAAACCCAGGAAUUUAUCGCUGCUUACAUUAAAAGGCAACCGAAAUCACGGAAUGCCCAGUUGGCGGCCCUUGACUUGACAGAGCAGCUGAUUACGAUCAAAGAACUAUCUCCGGGAAACCUUCUCGCCAAAUGCAGAGAGUAUUUUGAUCGUAAUUGCACUAAGCUCUAUUGCUUCCACGACCUGUGCAAGUAUCUAAUUAAACUUGAUCGGUCGAUGCAAGACGAAUUUCAAUUUCAUGUUUCUCAGAAGGUUAUUGCAGAUCAGAGUGUGGAUGAUCAGAAAGAGGUUUCCGACCCUUUCAAAGGCGUUGCGACUAUCAAUGCUCUAAAAUAUGAAUACUGUUUCCAGUUGUCAUUCGAGGGUGACAAAAAACUCUCAGUACAGAAGGUCGAAAAUUUCGUGUCUCGGUGCCUUCGUAUUUACCGAAAUACCGAUAGACCUAGCCAGCACUCAGCUCCAUCUACCAUCGAGAGCCAGCCAAGUGACGAUCUCUGUCUUCUAGCGGUCAUGGCCUUAAUUAGAUUCCACCAAACAAAUAUUGGGUCUAAGCGUGAUGCUCCUCAUCCCGCAUUAAUCCAAGCCGCUGCACUGAUAGAGAAUUUGCUUCUCAAGUCACCACAUAACUAUGAAGCUCUACUCCUUUUAGUUCGGAUAUACCUCCUCCUGGGCGCGGGCUCCUUGGCUCUAAAGUCGUUCCAUAGAUUGUCUCUGAAGCAGAUGCAAUAUGAAACGGUAGCACAUAAUCUCUUUACCCGCCUCGCAUCGACGCACCCUCAUGCUGCUCCACCGUACGAAGGAUUAGAGGUGAAGGAUUACGAUCCUCAAAGUGCCAUGAGGCAUGCAUUGAACUUUUAUCGAAAUUCUGAAACUGCGACUAAGUAUUCGAGAAACGUUGGCCUAGAACAUGGAAGCUAUGUUAAUGUGGCUGGAAGUAUUGAUCUCCAAAAGAGCCUUAAAAACAGCAUCUGUAGAAGGAUGUGGGCAUUGGAAACCCGGAGGAUUGGGCGACUAGUUGGUGGCGAUUCGGUGGGACAAUAUGAUCAUAUUGUCUCCGACAUUGACCCAGUUGUUGACAAGCGCAACUUCGAUGGCUUUCCGAACUGUGAGCUUCCUGGCAAACCCAGCUUUGAAGAACAAGUCCGGCUCGGACCCAAGCCAGGGGCCCAAGCAGUAAAAGCAAUGACCAUAACCGACGUCCUAUUCGAUUUCCUAAUAAAAAAUAGCACCACCAAAAAGACGACAUCAUCUUCAACAUCAACACUGUCAAAUAUUGAUCUAUCGCGUUACCUUGACCCCGACCUUGAUAUCCCUCUCCCAGAAACGGAACUCACUGCCGCUGAAAUAGAAAAUACAAACAUCCACCUCACUCUCCUGAAAGCCCUCGCAUCCCUAGCCAGCACCGACACCAAACAAUCCUCUCCACCAACGCCCAUAACGACUCACCUUGUUACCCUUGAAUCAUUCCUAACCGAAAAGCUAACCAUUCUAUCCUCCACACCCACAUCCACUUCCAUCCUCCCAACAACCAUACCCCUCGCAUAUGCUAUCAAGCAACAACCCGCAACCACUCCAUCUUCCACCGCCCCCUCAUGGCUCUAUCUCCAUACCACAAUCUCUCUCCUCGAAACCCUGAAAGCCACCACGUUAUUCCUCACCUUUCUCUCCUCACAAUCAUCAACAACAAAAGCAAAAUCGGAUUCCCCCGCCACAAAAUCAAAAAAAGCCCACCAAAGUCAACCCCUCCCAACAAAGGAAACUGUCGAAAACCUGCACAACCUCGUUGAGCAGCUCGUCGACGUUAUCCGCCGGAACACGCGCUUUUUGAAGAUGCAAAUAGCCGAGUCUGGAAUGUUGGGGGAGUUGGUGGAGUGGGUAAGGGGGGAGUAUGGCUUUGAGAACGACGGAUAUAACAGUGAUGGUGGCGAUAAUGAUGAUGGGGAUGCGGUGGGGGAGGCAGAGCCAGUGGGCACAGUGAGGAGGGAGAUUGAGGAGUUAAUGGAUACGGCGUCGUUGGAGUUGUUUUGCGCGUCAUUGAUGGAGAGUUGGGAUGAGUCGCUUGACGGGGUGUUAGGUUUGUGUGCGGUGGUGUGA